UCUCCGGCUAAACGUACUUCAGUUUCCAAACCGGAGAAACAUGAUGAGUUCCAAGUGUCCCAACUCUAUUGUCGACCUCAACUCCUUUCGAUUUUUCAUGGACAUGGGAUCAUCUUCUAGUGUUAUGCCACCCAAAUAUCAAAGACCAACCUCAAGCUUGUAUCUUCAUUCACGUGAUGCUUUGUCUUCCUUUGGCAGAGGAAUUUGUGCCCUAAGGGACACUGAUGCUGAAGAUUUCAACUUUUCAUGGGCGAUCGGGAAUAGUAUGCAUCUGCGGACAGACGCAAGUUAUGCCAAGGUCAUGAAAUUCGGUGAACUAUCUUCUUCAACGGGUGAAUAUGCGAUGAUCUACUACAGAAUUCUAGUUCAGGUCAAAUGGUUGUUGAAACUUUCAGAGAUCCCAGAAUUCAGAGACGUACCUAGUUUCAGUGAGCAUGCUCAGUGUUACUUACAAGGAAUUAUUGAUCGAUUUUGCAUGGUGGAAGCCAUAGAAAUGACAGAGAGGUUGGAGAAAAAAACAAACCAUGAUCAUGUUAAAGCAGUGGAAUACUUCUUGAAGCUGAGAUGCAGAUCAAGACCAGAGAUAGCUAAGGUGCUCGAUACUUUUCAUUUUGCUUGCACAUCAGAGGACAUCAACAGUCUUGCGCAUACGUUAAUGUUAAAAGAUGCUAUGAACAAUGUUAUAUUUCCUGUCAUGGACGAUCUGAUCAAGGCAAUGUCUACCAUGUCAAGGGACAAUGCUUCCAUUCCAAUUCUUUCUCGCAGGGACGGAAACACGGUCUCACCCACAACUUUGGGGAAGGAAAUGGCCAAUUUUGCUGUCAGGCUAGGCAUACAGAAGCACAAACUUUCUCAAGUGAAGAUAAUGGGGAAGUUUCCUGGUGCUGUAGGAAGUUCCAAUGCUCAUUAUGUUACAUAUCCUCAUAUUAAUUGGCCGCAAAUUGCUGAGGAAUUCGUGACUUCUCUUGGAGUGAGUUUCAAUCCUUAUGUUACUGAGGCCGAGACUUACGACUACAUGCCAAAACUUUUCAAUGCUAUUAACCGAUUCAACAGUAUAUUGAUCGACUUUGAUAAAGAUAUGUGGGACUACUUACAUUUUGGUUACUUCAAGCAAAGUGAGUAUAUAAAUUUUCAUUAUAGUGAAGCAACUCUUGGUGCAGCUAGAGAAGCUCUUUCCUACCUGAUUAGUUUGUUGCCUAGAUCUCGUUUUCUGGAAGACUUGACUGAUUCUAGUAUUCGAAGGAACAUGAGUACAGGAUUAGUAUGUUCUGCUCUUGCCUACAAGAGUACACUUAAGAAUAUAGCAAAGAUUCAGAUUGAUGAAGCUCUCGUGAGUGAGGAGUUGAAUCACUCUUGGGAGGUACUUGCUGAAGCAGUACAAGCUGUAAUUCGAAGAUAUGGUGUUCCUGCAGAGACCUAUGAGAAGCUUAAAGAACUAACAGCGGGGAGAAGGGUUACCAAAAAGAGUGUAAGAAAGUUUAUUGAAGGCUUGGAAUUACCUAAAGAUCAUAAGAGCAUUUUGUCAAAGCUAACCCCACAUAGCUAUGUUGAAGAAGAUGUUAAAUUCGCUAAAAUGGUAGACAGGGGAGUUAAAGCAGCUAUAAGAAACACCAAGAUCAGUGCAACCCCUGGGCCACAAUUGGAUGUUCUGUGUACGGGUAAAUUCAAGGACUUGGCUCCUUAUAUGAGUGAGUAUGGUCUAAUCUACUUCCGUGUUCUAGUUAAGAUCAAAUGGUUGUUACUGCUUUCAGAAAUUCCUGAAGUGACAGAGGUACCUAGGUUUAGUAAAUCUGCUCAAUCUUAUUUGCAAGAAAUAAUUGAUGGAUUUAACAUCGAUGAUGCAUUUGAAGUAAAGAACCUUGAGAAAGUGGCAAACGACGGUGUAGCUGCGGUGGAGCGGUUCAUGAAACAGAGAUGUGAAUCACAUCCAGAAAUAGCUAAGGUGGUUGGAUUUUUUAAUUUUGCUUGCACAUCUGAGGAGGUCAACAAUCUUGCCCAUGCACUAAUCCUAAAAGGAACCAUGGACAAUGUCAUAUUUCCUGCCAUGGAUGAUUUGAUUCAUGCAAUAUGUGGCAUUGCUAAGAACACUGCUCAUAUUCCUAUUCUCUCUUCCACUCAUGGACAGCCUGUUGCGUUUACAACUUUGGGGAAAGAAAUGGCAAGUUUUGCUGUGAGAUUAAGCAGAGAACGGAAAGAGAUUUCGCAGCUGGAGCUAAUGGGGAAUCUCGGAGGUGAGGUUGGAAAUUACAGUGCUUAUCAUGUUGCAUAUCCUGGUAUUAAUUGGCCUCAAGUUGCUGAACAGUUUGUAACAUCUCUGGGUUUGAGUUUUAAUCCCUAUGUUACCCGGAUCAGAGCUUAUGAUUAUGUGGCAGAAUUUGUUCAUGGCGUUAACCAGUUCAACAAGAUAUUGACGGACUUUGAUGGAGACGUUGAAGGCUACAUGUCUAUGGGUUGUUUUAAGCAAAUAAACAAGACUAGUGGAGGCAUUAACAUUGGUGCGGCCAGUGGCAAUCUGUGUUCCCUGAGCAGGAAGUUACCUAUUUCAACUCUUUUGAGGAACAUGGGGUCAAGAUUAGAGCAUUCUCUUGUCACCUACAAAAACACACUCGAUCUAAUAUCAAGACUCGAGGUGGUCGAUAUAGAUUGCCCGAUUGAGGACUACUUGAAGCUCUAUUCCGGAGCUCUCGUCAAAGAGUUAGAGACGGUAGUGCAAAGAUAUGGUGUCCCCAAGCCCUAUGAAAAAUUUAAGGUACUCACCGGAGGACGAGCAGUCGUUACCAAGGAAAGUAUAGUGGAUUUUAUUCAACGCUUGGAAGUACCUAACGAAGCAAAAACCAUUCUACUCAAGUUAACACGAUGUAGCUACGUCGGAGCCGCUUCGGAAUUGGCCAGAACAGUAGACAUCGCCGUGAAUUCUUAACUCUGUAAAGUUGUCAUCCACUAUU